AUUAAUUGAUCUUCAAACUUUUGCAUAUGAUUGCUUCAUAUUCUAUAUAGAGGUAUGAAUAUGUUGGUUUAGGUGGAUUGAAUUGGAUUGGAGUUUAGGGCAACAAGUGUAGGAGAAUACAAAAUGAGGAAUUCUCCUACUACAACGAGAGACCAAGUCCGUGACAUGAGUGUUCAUGGUUGGGAUCUUUAUACCCAGGUUGUGAGUCCUAGCAAUAAGAAGAGUCGAGCGAACAUAAGCUAUUGUGAUUGAACUCGCAAGUGCUUAAAGGAAACCAUGACCUACGAGUUCACAAUCGUGAUCUAUGAGGAAACUCAUGAUAGAAGGAUGUCGCCUCAAAGAUUACGGGACAUGCACCAAGUUCACGGCUGUGUCAUUAAGUAAAUCUCAACAGUGAACUAGUCUGGAUUCCCCACCCUUUAAAAAGAGUUGGGGUUCAAGGUAAAAAAAGAGCAUAUUUUCGAACACAAAGCACAAAGGAGAGAGAAAAGAGCCAAGGGUUGUUCUUUGAAUACGAGAAGAGACCUGGGGAAGAAGAUUAGGAGGAGCAUCUAGGAGUUUGGAGCUCUUUUAUUGAAUAAUUAAGAGUUUCAAGCUGAUGAUUUCUUCUCUACUUUUAUAGUUAGAAAAAUGGUAAACACAUGAUAAUUACAACAAAGAAGUUCAACGAGGCAACGCUUUACUUCGUUUGGCCGAAUUAACCUAGAGUGUCUGCUCCAAUCGAUCGACUCAACUAUAGUAAUAUGCAAACAGUUGUGAGAGAUUCGAUUGGAUAACCGGUUGUAUUUGAUCCGAUCUACCCGCUCUAUUCAAGUUGGAGGCGUGGUUACAUUAAUCUUAUUUCAUUCCUUCAUGCUUCUAAUUAGAGUGUACAUUGGUCGAUUCGGUCUAGAAUGAAACAACUCCAAAUAAGAGCAAACCAAAACAAAUAAAAUUAAGAGUUAAAAUCGGACCUAAACUCAAUUUAAUUCAAUCCAAAUAACUGUUGAUAAAAUUCAUUCCGUGUGAAUUGGAUCGUUGCCAAACCCUACUUCUAAAUUCUAAUCCGUUUAUCCUCCCUAAUUACGCGUGUGCACCAAGCCAAUCGGGUAGAGUUGCUCCAAUGUGAACCCUCGAGGGCAUAUACGUUAUUAUACACUUCCAGCUAGUCCAUUUUUCUUUUUUGAGGGGGAAUUACUUGGUCUGCUGUUAUAAAUACCUGAAAACCCUACUCCUACACUCAUCCCAUCCUCGCCCUACGCUUUCCUCUCGACUGACGGCUAGGGUUUUAGCUCUCUGCGAAGCGAAUUAUUCUCAUCAGGUUCGUUCUCUGAUCACUUUCUCAUUCGAUUGCCUAUUUUCCUUUGAUUCGUUCCUUUCAUGCUUCCGGUAUAUUGCUCCUCCGUCGAUUUAGGAUCUGUAUAAUUCAAUGUUGGUUGAUCUGAAGAUUUGGACCGCAUCUUGCUGGUUUUUUGUUCACCGAUUCCUUUCUCUUUACUUUCCUUAAGCAUCUGUGACUUUCGGAUUCUCUGUUUAUCUAGAAUCCGUUGGUUUCUUCUGCAUGUUUCAGCUGGUUUCUUCGUUUUGUCGCAUCUUGUGAAGAUUUAUCGAACGCCGAUUGUUAUUACUGCUGUCAUGUUUGUCUAGAUCUGUAAUUAUGUUGCUUCCGUUGAGAUUGUGAAUCGUGGAUCUAAACGAGUCCUCUUUCCCUGGAAUAAUUUUUUUUUAUGGCUUGCAGCUAGGGUUUCGUCAUCAUGGGUAAGGAAAAGGUUCAUAUCAAUAUCGUGGUCAUUGGACAUGUCGACUCCGGCAAGUCCACCACCACCGGUCACUUGAUCUACAAGCUUGGAGGUAUCGACAAGCGUGUGAUUGAGAGGUUCGAGAAGGAAGCUGCUGAGAUGAACAAGAGGUCAUUCAAGUACGCCUGGGUGCUCGACAAGCUGAAGGCUGAGCGCGAGCGUGGUAUCACAAUUGAUAUUGCCCUCUGGAAGUUCGAGACCACCAAGUACUACUGCACGGUCAUUGAUGCCCCUGGACAUCGUGAUUUCAUCAAGAACAUGAUUACUGGUACCUCCCAGGCUGAUUGUGCUGUCCUCAUCAUCGAUUCCACCACUGGUGGUUUUGAAGCUGGUAUCUCCAAGGAUGGACAGACCCGUGAGCAUGCUCUCCUUGCUUUCACCCUUGGUGUCAAGCAGAUGAUUUGCUGCUGCAACAAGAUGGAUGCCACUACCCCCAAGUACUCGAAGGCAAGGUACGAUGAAAUCGUGAAGGAAGUUUCAUCCUACCUGAAGAAGGUUGGUUACAACCCAGACAAGGUUCCCUUCGUUCCCAUCUCUGGGUUUGAAGGUGACAACAUGAUUGAGAGGUCAACCAACCUCGACUGGUACAAGGGUCCAACCCUUCUUGAUGCUCUUGACAACAUCAACGAGCCCAAGAGGCCAUCAGACAAGCCACUCCGUCUCCCACUUCAGGACGUGUACAAGAUCGGUGGUAUUGGAACUGUGCCAGUGGGCAGGGUGGAAACCGGUGUCAUCAAACCUGGUAUGGUUGUCACCUUCGGCCCUACUGGGUUGACAACUGAGGUCAAGUCUGUGGAGAUGCACCAUGAAGCUCUCCAGGAGGCUCUUCCUGGUGACAAUGUUGGCUUCAAUGUUAAGAAUGUUGCUGUCAAGGAUCUCAAGCGUGGGUUUGUUGCCUCCAACUCCAAGGACGACCCUGCCAAGGAGGCUGCCAACUUCACCUCCCAGGUCAUCAUCAUGAACCACCCCGGCCAGAUCGGAAACGGUUACGCCCCGGUGCUGGAUUGCCACACUUCCCACAUCGCUGUCAAGUUCUCUGAGAUCAUGACCAAGAUUGACAGGCGAUCUGGCAAGGAAAUCGAGAAGGAGCCCAAGUUUUUGAAGAACGGAGAUGCCGGGUUUGUUAAGAUGAUUCCAACCAAGCCCAUGGUUGUUGAGACCUUCUCUGAGUACCCACCUCUGGGUAGGUUUGCUGUCCGUGACAUGAGGCAGACAGUUGCUGUGGGUGUGAUCAAGGCCGUGGAGAAGAAGGAUCCUACCGGUGCCAAGGUCACCAAGGCUGCUGCCAAGAAGAAAUGAACCGUGCAGGUCGACUGCAGGGAAUGGAGCUUGGUCACUACAAGCCGGCGUGCUGCUGGAGGAGUUUCUGUUUCAUUUGAGAAUUACAAUGUCAAGUCAUCACCAUCGUCCCUUGGACCCAAUUCACAGAAUUGGGUCCUUGAUAGGCGGUGGUGGAGUUAUGGUGCUACUGUUUCGAGUUUCUGAGUCUUUUGUCUCGUUUCUAUGUUGAGUCUAAAACAUUUUUAAAGUUUGUGUUGUUGCUACUGUUGGUAUUUGCCCAAGGAUUUUGCGCUGGAGAAUCGAGUUCUCUCGAGUUUCUUUUGCUUCCAGGAAUGGAUGUCUCUUAUACAUACUAGUUAUAUGUUGGUGGUAUUGUUCCGUAUCAUGCCCGUUUCAGUGUUUUUGAUUGAUCAGUUGAAUAUGGUAUGAGAAUGGAUGUUAUGGAAACUUGGAAGAAAAUUAAUCCUUCUUG